AUGGCGGUGCCGUCCAACGCUUCUGACUCCGUGACAGAGCCCAGCACUCUCAGAGCAAUCUACAACCUCCAAAGACUUGGAUAUUCGAGAGCUGCUGCAAAAUCUUCCUUCCAGGUCAGACAUGGCCUCCAUGUUGGGCCAACUGGAGGCUCUAU